CUCUUUCUUCCCAUACCAUAAAUACACUAUAUUAUAUGAAUGUGGAUUUCUAACCACAAAUUCCGCUCCAUAUAUAAACACCACCACCACCUCAAAUACCCACCACCCAGAUUACAGUUUCGACUUCCAAUCAUGGACUGCUUGGUUUCGCCGGCGGUUUCCAUGCUAAGAAGGUGCUGCUCGGGCUCGAGGCUUCGGUACGGGCUGCUGCCGAAGGACGACUCUGACGGAUGGGACGGGGAAGGCCCGGUGACCGUGGUCGUGGGGAAGGAGAAGAGAGAGUUCUUGGUGGAGCCUUACGUGCUGGAAAAACACCCGUUUCGGAGCUUGAUCGGCGCGGCCGGCGUGGAGGGUAGGAGGACGAGGAGAGUGAUAUUUGUGGGUGUGGAUGCCAUUUUGUUUGAGCAUAUGCUGUGGCUGAUGCACAAUGACUGGUCUUCGUUGUCGCGGCUCGAUCUCGACGACAUCAUCGACUUCUAUGCUCAAGAUUGUUAAUAUUAUUAUACGUGGGAUCGAGCGACGGGACCCCGCGAGGGAGGGCAUCCCAAGAUUGUUAAUAUUAUUGCUAUCAUUUGGAGUCGGUUGAUCAGAUCAGAUCACUUUAGUGAGUUGAUGUGAUUAGUUCUGAGAAAAUAAGAAAAUUACAGUUAGUAAAUCCAUACAUGGUGGUGGGUGGGUGUGAGGUGGGGUGGGGUUUCCUUCCAGAAAAUAAUACGUACGGACGGCUCUGUAAAUCUUCUGACCUGAGAAGAGAAGAUGGUGAAGCCAAGCCUGCAUUGAUUGCUGACUAAUUAAUUAAUUAAUUAAUUAAUUAACGUCUCUAUUCUCUCAGUUUCAUUUUUUAUUUUUUUUAUUUCAUACUGUUGUAACUUGUAACGAUUCAUUUUUUAUUUAUUUUUAUUCCUGGUCCAGAACUCUCCGUGAUGAAAUGAUGAUAAUGUUAGAUCC